UGCUCAGUGGCAAUUUAAAUAAAUAUUCACAGCAAAAUCAGGAAUCAUUUUCACAUAGUGUAAUUUGUAGUGUGAUGUUCCCGACGGGAUGACCGUGAUGACGACAAGGCCAAGGGAAAUUAUUGAAUUAAAUAGUUGCGCAAAAAUAACAGAAAUUUGUUGGAUUUUUUUUUUAUCAUUUUCUAACUAGUCGGAACGGGUUUCUGAUAUCCAGCAACCUCUUCAGAAAUGAAUACUUUGCGUUCCUUCAGAUUUGAUUUCGAUUUUUUCCUUUAAGUUUGUAUCAUGGCAUUGUCAUUGGUGAUUAAUUGCUGUACAAUUACGACACAAGCAAGAUAUAGCUUCAAUUAAUGUUGCAGGGGAAAGUUAUCCACAAGACAAAUAGGUGUGACAAACACUUAAACAAAACAACUUUAAAGAGAUCGUUGUAAGUCGGCUGUCAUCUUAGUUUGAGAGAUGAGAAGGGAAACAAUUUCGGUUUCCUUCCUGCCGGUGACGUUUCCUGGGGUAAUAUCGAUGGCAUUCUGGCUUAACGACCGCAAGCAGAAUUUGUUUUCGCUUUUUUUUUGUAGAAGCCUUAUUUUUAGCAUAAUUUGACAUUUGGCAAUAUCAAGAAAGAUUGGGGCAAUCAAGUGAUUUUCCACAGCACUCUGAUCGAGAACCUCUUAUUGUUGCCUAUAAGGAAUGCUCUUUUUUGGUUAACAAUUGAUAACAUCCACUCACACAUUUUAAACAGUAGUAAUUUACACACCUGUAUUACACCAUAACGUUUGUUCAUGCAUUGUGCAAACAGAAAAAUCGUCGACAACAUAACUGACAUUACGUCACUGAAGAUGGAGGAACUCGGCGCAAACCAAAACGACAACGUCACUGCAAGCAGUAGCAUGACACAGUUCUCUGCUACCAGGAUCAUCCAAAUCAUGCUGUAUUUUAUUCUAUCUUUCGUUGGAAUAGCAGCUAACAGCAUGAUUUUUCACACGCUGCUGAGCCGUAACAAUCCGAGGGUCGGUGAAUACCUCAUUCUCAACUUGGCACUCACGGACCUGGCCACGUGCGCUGUGAGUGUUCCAUUUGACUUGGCGGAACGUCUUGCAGGGGGAUUUCCAUUUGGGUCAAUCAUGUGUUACGUUGUGUAUCCCUUACAGACAGUCCUCAUGGCCGUAUCGGUCAUCACGCUGCUCUCCAUGAGUUUGGAACGCCGCCGUGUUGUAAUGGAACCGUUUGCACGCCCAAGAGUUCUUCCAAAGACGACCAAGAUCGCCAUCUUGGUCUCGUGGAUCGCCCCUAUCCUGGUCAUCAUCCCGUACGCACUUGUACUGAGACUUGAUGGGAAAAAUUGCCUGGAAAAAUGGUCGGAGUCUUGGCACGUCAAAGUUUUCACUCUUACCAAUUUUACCGUGUUCUUCGUCAUACCGAUUGCGGUGAUCACCACGUCUUAUAUCAUGGCUGGCAGAAAAGUGCGAAAGGAGCUUCAAAACCUCGACGACAUGUUAGAGGGAAAAGACAGAUCGCACAGGGAAUACCUCAAGAAGCGCACAGUGCAAAAGCUUAGAAUUACCAAGGUUUUUAUCACGGCUGUCGCGGCUUUUAUUGUUUGCAUGCUACCGACGCACUUAGUUUGGAUCUGGCACGAUUUUGCCCAAGGAGAUGAGAAAGCGUACUUCAAAGACAUCGUGAUCUUCAGUAACAUUUUAAUGUAUUUAAACAGUGCAUUGAAUCCGUUCAUCUUCAGGAGUGUGAGAGGGAAAUCUUUCACUCGGUUGAUAGCAUGCUGUUGUAAGAAGUUUACCAAGAACUCCGCCUCUACCGCGGGAUUAUUAUUUCUUCCUCAAGUUGAGCGAGAGAGGGCUAUCAGGGUCACCAAGUCUUUCUCCUGA